AUGGGUUACGUUAUGGUGUAUCUGCGACACGUGAUGGGUUACGUUAUGGUGUUCCUGCGACACGUAAUGGGUUACAUUAUGGUGUAUCUGCGACACGUAAUGGGUUACGUUAUGGUGUAUCUGCGACACGUAAUGGGUUACGUUAUGGUGUAUCUGCGACACGUAAUGGGUUACAUUAUAGUGUAUCUGCGACACGUAAUGGGUUACGUCAUGGUGUAUCUGCGACACGUAAUGGGUUACGUUAUGGUGUAUCUGCGACACGUAAUGGGUUACAUUAUGGUGUAUCUGCGACACGUAAUGGGUUACGUUAUGGUGUAUCUGCGACACGAUAUGUCAUACUUACCGAAAAGAUGUUUUCGAGCAGAGAAAAAACAAGAAGAGCGAAUUUCCAUCGAAGAAUGCUUAGAUGAAAUUAUACGAAAGACGGACAAUGAACCAGUCGAUCUAUCAACAAGGAUCACGGCAAAAUCAUCAUAUGAAAGAAAGUACACCUAUGGCCACGUCACAGCGACAGGAAACCAGAGUUGUGAGAUAAUGCAUACACCGACAUGUACAGCUGUUCACAUGAACGCACCAUACUCAAAUGCCGGUACAUCAGUGGCGCACGAGCAUUGGCCGAAGAAGAAAUAUACAGCAAUAUUUGAGCAAAUGUCAGACACCAUGAGUCAUAUAAGCAGUGCUGAUAAUCCAGCUAAACACACGACUAAAACAACUGAUAUGCGCCUUGGGACGACCUCUGAAAAACAUAACGAUAACACAACGCCCCAGCCCAGAAAACAACAAAAUAAACACACAAUUUUGAAAGCAAUGCUGAAUGCAAGUCUUGACACAGACUUGUCAGCUUGGGCAAAACAUAAGCCUGGUGAACCUAUAGUAGAGUCCACAGGACAAUCAGACAUUCAUGAAGAAACAAGACUUCCUUCUCCUACACUAUCGGAGUUACUCAGAGGAGGUAGCCACAGUACACAAUCAACGGAACGCCGAUCAAAGAGAAAAUACUCGGAAAUUGAUCAAGAUGGUGUGAUUCAAGACAACAAUAAUGUAUUAGGUUAUGAAGUGCUGGGUACUCUUGGUGUUACCAACUCGAAGAAGCGGUAUUUCAUAUCAAUGGCAGAAAUACACAGAAGAAUAAGUAAACCCGAAAAUAUGAGUGAAAACGGACUCUGUUGUUUUUUAAAGCGCCGAAGGGGAUCAUUGCCUCUGGGAUGUCCAAAACCGAAACCCCGACAACGCGGCGACAUCACGCCAUUCUCUUCACUAUGCGAAGCAGAGCUAGGCGACCUCAUACUAGCGUAUAAAGAGUGCUUGACAAAAUACGUGGAGGGGCAGAAAAUUAUUGAAGGUGUGGAGAAAAGUACCAUACCGCAUUUGAUACAAGCCCUCAGGAAGAUUCUACUAAAUGUCCAUUUGGCAUGUCGACCAUCCAGUGAUUUCCAAAGAAUGACACACACCUUUGGUGCUAAGAUGUUAGAGUCGGUGCUGACCUAUCUCAUGUCCUGUCUUAACCAAUAUACUUUUCAAGAACAAACUGAGCAAUAA